AUGGGUGUUACCAAGACUACUCACUCCGAGGGCUCCGGCGCCAUCCCUAAGCCUGGCCAGACCGUCACCAUUGAGUACACCGGCUACCUCAAGGACACUUCCAAGCCCGACCAAAAGGGCGACAAGUUCGACUCUUCCGUCGGCCGCGGUGACUUCGUCACCCGCAUUGGUGUCGGCCAGGUCAUCAAGGGCUGGGACGAGGGCGUCACUAAGAUGAAGGUUGGCGAGAAGGCCACCCUUGACAUCACCAGCGGCUUCACCGGCCACAUUCCCCCCAACGCCGACCUCAUCUUCGACGUCCACCUCAAGAACGUCAACUAA